UCAGUGUUUGAAGUGGGAGGGCUUGUGUGUUGCUAUCUGAUUUUAUACGGGAAAGGAGAGCAGUUAACAGCUGGACAUCAGUCAGCAUGCUGGGCUUUCUGAUACUGAUGUGGAUAUGCAUCUUCCUCCUGUUCCUCUUCAUCCAAAUCCCGAGGCCUAAGAACUUUCCUCCUGGACCUCGUCCUCUGCCAUUAUUUGGGAAUCUGCUGGAGCUCAACAUCAACAAUCCUUUGAAAGACUUUGAGAGGCUCGCAGAUCACUAUGGGAAAGUUUACAGCUUGUAUCUGGGAUCAAAACCUUGGGUGGUUCUUAAUGGUUUUGCGGUUUUGAAGGAAGCUCUUGUUACUAAGGCUGUGGACUUUGCAGGACGCCCGCAGGAUCUCAUGGUCAACCAACUUACAAAAGGAAGCGGUGUAAUUUUGUCCGACUAUGGCCCCAGUUGGAAAGAACACAGACGCUUUGCUCUGAUGACCCUGAGGAACUUUGGCCUGGGGAAGCAGUCAAUGGAGGAGAGAAUUCUGGGAGAGGUUUCUCACGUUAUUGCCAAAUUGGAAAAAAGAGUUGGAAGCUCCUUUGACCCUAAGACUAUGUUCCACAAUGCUGCAUCAAAUAUCAUCUGCAUUGUUCUGUUUGGAUCCCGCUAUGAUUAUGACGAUGAAUUCCUCAAGCUUUUCAUUCACCUCUAUACAGAGAAUGCAAAGAUUGCCAAUGGACCAUGGGCCAUGAUAUACGAUACAUUUCCUAUGCUGAGAAGUCUGCCUCUGCCUUUUAAAAAGGCCUUCAGAAAUGCCAGCAAGGCCAGAGAAAUGUCUGCAAAACUGGUCAACGAGCACAAAAAGACAAGAGUCCCAGGGGAACCCAGAGACUUCAUUGACUGUUAUUUGGAUGAGCUUGAUAAGAGAGGGGACGAUGGUUCCUCAUUUUCAGAAGCUCAGCUUAUCCUGUACGUUCUGGAUUUGCACUUUGCUGGGACUGAUACCACAUCCAACACCCUUCUCACUGCAUUUCUGUAUCUCAUGACCCACCCAGAGAUUCAAGAGAAAUGUCAAACAGAGAUCGAUGAGGUUCUGGAAGGUAAAGAUCAUGCAUCGUAUGAAGACAGACACGAUAUGCCGUACACACUGGCUGUGAUUCAUGAAGUUCAGCGUGUUGCUAACACUGUACCACUAAGUGUGUUUCACUGCACCACCAAAGACACGGAGCUGAUGGGCUACAACAUCCCCAAGGGAACUUUUGUUAUUCCUAACCUCACUUCUGUACUAAAAGAAGAAGGCCAGUGGAAGUUUCCUCAUGAAUUUAACCCAGACAACUUCCUGAAUGAGCAGGGCCAGUUUGACAAGCCUGAAGCCUUUAUGCCUUUUUCUGCAGGUCCUCGUGUGUGUCUCGGUGAGGGUCUUGCACGUAUGGAGCUCUUCCUGAUCAUGGUGACUCUUCUGCGCCGUUUCCAGUUUGUGUGGCCCGAUGAUGCAGGGGAACCGGAUUACACCCCAGUAUUUGGGGUCACCCUCACCCCCAAACCCUACAGAAUGCACAUCAGACGCAGAGAGACAGUUAAACAGUAAAUCAUAAUGCCAAAUACUUUUCCUCCCUACUCUAUACAGAAAAUAAUUUGAGAAACAGAUUAAAUUUGACUAAUAAUAAUUAUGUAAAAUUCUGUCAAUUUUCUUUUAAUUCAAACCUGCCUUGAGUUUCACGGUGGUUGAAGUGAUGAUGUAUGAUGUAAAUCUGCCUUGUUUUUAAUAUCUGAAUUUCUGGAGAACUAGAUUACCCAUAAUCCCAAAAGUGAGCUCUGUCAAUCGAAAGCUUAUUUUAUUUUUAGAAAUUUGUUUAUUUUUUAUGCAUUUUGCUUCAGAAGAAAGUUUGUCGACGACGAGAGAACUU